ACAAGGGGUAGUUUCUUUAUCCUCACAGGUGUCAUUCAGGAACACGAAACGACGGCACAGCUGUGUUGUAACAUCAGUGUAGCUAAACGUCCAGGGUAGCCUGACACCGACAACGCUGCUUAACUAAUUUAAAGUUGGAAGAGUUCAGUGUUAUUUCACUCAGCAGUGUGACUGAGUCAGCAAGUUGUAUUCACACAGGAUGGCGUCACCUCAUGACCGCAGCCGGAAAGAUGACGAGGAUGACCCUGUUGAACAGAUGAUAUCGCGCACUGGCUGCGCUGAGCUUCACUACGCCGUCCAGGAAUGCAUGGCUGAACAUCAGGACUGGCGAGCGUGUCAAAGCCAAGUUCAGACGUUCAAAGACUGCAUGAUGAAUUUCCAAAAGGCCCAGAAAGAACAGCUGAGGCAGCAGCAGCUGCCCUCCACCAAGUCUACGGCCAGCUGAAUAUGCAACAUCCUACAAACACAUACAGUACAGUGUUGUGUUUGGGACUUGACUGACAGCUUUAAAUUGCAAAGACUGUACCUAAUUUAAUCAUUAGUAAUGAAAAUAAAGCUCUAGCAGUUUCAUAAAAUCCCUA